AUUGACUUUGCCAUCACUAGCUUGUUCCAUUUCAACUUCGUUCAUGCUCGUUCAUGCUCGCUCACUGCUCUGCACGACGAGCAGUCAACGUACUUCACCGACCAUGCGGGAACGUUCAACCUCGUAGCUUCCAAAGACGAACGUUCGUUAACAUCGAGACAUUUACAAACGGGUUUCUGGAUCUAGCCACCGCUCUGCCUCUACCAUCGUCCUUUCCUCCGUAUUCUACGACUAUUAUCAUCUGCACGGUCGUUUCACGUCUCAUCUGGACCGUGCCAUUUUCAAUAUGGGCAAAGCAGAGACAGCGUCGCGCGGAGGAAGAGGUCAUGCCUAUAGUCAACUCCUUAAAACCUGGUGUAUCAAAACUAGUUCUCACCGAAAUGCAGAAAAUCGGUGUUCGUGGCACGAAGGAACAAAUUCAAGCGGCCCAUGGCAAACGCGUCAAGCAACUCUUAACCACGCGUCAAAAACAACUUUUUUCGGAGUACCGCUGUAGUCCUGGAUUCACAAUGGCAAUACCUAUAAUCACACAGGUUCCGUUGUUCAUGGGGUUUUCAAUAGUGCUCAACCGGUUAUCACAAGCACCCACUCCGUUUGACUCCGAGUCGUUCUUGACGCUUUCCACAUUGGCGCACGUAGACCCUACAGCUACCCUACCAAUUGCACUCGGUCUUAUAACUCUAGCCAAUGUCGAAAGUUCACGCUGGUUUAUGACCGACGCGCAACGCGAGCGUCAGGAAAAAGUUCAGAAGUGGAAAGAAGAUCGCGUUGCUCGAGGGGAGACUGUGAUCGAACCUCAGAAGAUCAUUAAGUCUGCGCUGAGAUUGAUAUCUGUUGGUCGUAUCGUUGUCGCGACCAUGGUGCCAGGGGGUGUCAUUCUUUACUGGGUCACCUCAGCCACUUUUGGGUUGGUGCAGACAUGGAUCAUGGACUAUUUGGAGCUGCAGAGAAAGCGGAAGCUAGCGCUAGCUCCCGCACUCUCUAAAAAGAUACCGGCAGCCAAGCAGUGAUGACAACGGUUCUCAUGCACUGUUGUGGGUAGAUGUUGACCGGAAGUCGAUUUGAUCCGUGCUAAAUGGUAGAUUCGAAUGGAUCAUGGGCUUAUAACGGCUGCAGUCGAGGAUGCAAGAGUCAUUAUCAUCUCCCACUUAGAGAAUACUACCAGGAACCAGUAAUAAGGUUGUGCUAGGAUAUAGAAUAUUGAAUACUUGUGGAAUACAUGUAGUGUUGUACAACAAGACCUCAAACAGUAGCACAGCCACAAGG